AUGCAAGCUUUGUCCAUGGCCCUUCCAUUGCAACGCAUCGAUUCUUCCGUAUAUGACUUCCAGGCGCUCUCGGACGGCAACUACCUGCCGCUGGACGCCGCCAGCUUCUCGUCUGGCAUGGAGCACGACGACGAGCCCGAGUGCGAGCCCGACCACGCGUACGCGCCGGCGCCGGCGCUGCCGGCGCCUGCGCUAGGCCCGGGAUCCGAGCAUGAUCACGUGCGCCAUCGCACCCAGUUCACACGCGCGCACGACUCGCUGCUUCUGCACGUCGUGCUCAUGAACGGGCACCGCCUGGCGUGCGACCCCAAGUCCAAGUCGCGCCGCCUGUUCUGGCACCACGUCAGCACGGAGAUGGCCACCAGCUUCGGCGUCCACAAGAACAAGCGCCAGUGCCGUGAUCGCUUCAAGCUGCUGUUCCAGCGCGCCACGUCGCAGAACCAGUUCGAGAGCGACACCGCGCGCGCGCCGCCCACUACGGAGCUCGACCGCCUGCUCCGCACCUGCUUCCACACCUUCCGCUUCACGGAAGCGAAGGAAAUAGCGCUGGCGCACGCAGGCCCCGCGCAACACCUACACGUACCGCCAACGGCGCCCGCGACGGCGCCUGCCACGGUAUCGCCGCUGCCGUCCUCCGGCAUGGCCACAAUGAUAAACACGCCUGUCUCGCAGCCCGAGUUCUGCGAAAAGGCCACCCCAGCUCCCACAACUGCACCCGCUUCUGCUUCUGCAGUGGCGCAGGGCUCCGCCGCAUGGGUACCGUCCCCAUCUUGGGAGACUCAGACUGUGCUCGCCAGUAUCAGCUCUCUGCAGCGGCAGAUCAACCAGCUCUCGUCGCAGAUCGACGCGCUCUCCAACGUGGUUAGCAUGAGCCGGAUGCAGCCCCGCCUCUACCAACCAAUGUACACCGGGCCCGUUAACGACUCGAUGUAA